CGUCUCAUCCAUGCGUAUUCCUGGAAGAGGCAAAUCGAAUGGGACUUGGAGAACCCUUUGUACCCCAAAUACCACCCUCGUCUCAUAAAUUCCCAGUUGAGGGAAAUCAAAUGCGACGGUUGCAAUACAGAUGUUCUAUGGGGCUUCAUUUACCUGUUCUGACUGUAAUUUUAGCCUUGAAAGUAAAUGUGCUUCUCUACCGCUCACCAUCCAAUCUGAAAUUCAUGCACACCCAUUGACCCUCGUGCGGAGAUCUCUCUCUUUCACUUGCGACGCCUGCGGGAAACAAGGGAAAGGCAUGUUUUACUUAUGUGCUAUCUGCCCUUUCUUAGUUCACCUACAAUGUUCUUCCUGCCCAUUGCUUCCCAAACAGAUUCGUCACGCCCACCCUCUGAACCUCACCAAUUCCCUUCAAGAUACGUUCCCUAUCGAAUCAACAAGUAUGUUAAGCUGCGAAGAUCCGGGGCUUGAUGAAUCCAUUGAUUCCUUAACAUAUGUUGUCAAGAAAUCCAAGCUGGGAGAUGACAAUGUUGAAAUAGCCGUGGAAAUCAAACAUUUUAGUCAUGAGCAUGACUUGAACCUUAUUGAUGAGCAGCUUGAGAAACAGGAAAAAUGUGACGGGUGUUUGUGGCCUAUCGAGCCCCCGUUUUAUACUUGUGUUGAAUGCAAAUUCUUUCUUCACAAAUCUUGUGUUGAAUUGCCCAGAAAAAAGUCACACCCGCUUCAUGGGCAUCCCCUCACUCUCCUUCCAGAGCCACCGUACUUUCCUUCUUUUUCUUGCUAUGCUUGUGGGCGUGAUUGUAAUGGCUUCGUCUACCGUUGUGACAAAUGCAACUUCGACCUUGAUGUCCAAUGUAGUUUGAUAUCUGACACCUUUAGGCAUGAAUGUCAUGUUCACCAACUUUUUCUCUCCUGCGCAUCAUAUUCUGGUAAGUGCAAUUCUUGUGAUUCUCAAGGACAAAUGUUUCGUUGUGGUUGUGAAUUCAAUCUGGAUUUCAAAUGCGCUACUCUACCGCCUAUCGUAAGAUACGAACCAUACUCAAAUUCAAAUGAAGAAACGUUCGUUCUUUGUUUUGAAUUUGAAGAUGAUUAUCAUUAUGAAUAUAAUUGUGAUAUUUGUGGAAAAGAACGAGUUCGAAAUCAUUGGUUCUACUAUUCUCCAUAUGGCGGCAAUUUAGCUGCUCAUCCUGCUUGCAUUCUUGGGAAAUAUCCAAAUAUCAAGUUUGGGAGGACUUACACGUUUGACAUGCACGAACAUCCCCUCACUUUUGUUGACAAGAGCGAGGAGCCCCAUCCUCCAUGUGAUAAAUGUGGUGAUUCUUGCCAUGGUAUGACUUUUGAAUGUCUCAAAUGUAAUUUCAGUCUUCACCACCUGUGCUUGAUCAAGAGUGAGAUGGAGAGAGAGGGGGAGCUUCGACAUUUCCUCCAUGAGCGUCAUCUGUUGAUCUUUAAUGAAGAGCUAGACAAGGAUUAUAGAAUACCAUAUUGCGAUGGGUGCAGAAAAAAAAUAUCAGGUCCUAAUUACAGUUGCAAAGAGUGCGGCGAGUUCAUCAUUCAUAAAUCAUGUGCAGAACUACCCCGCGAGUUGGAGCACCCGUUGCACCCCAAACAUCCCCUCCUUCUCACCCAUUAUUAUUUGUACGGGAAGAAACGCAAAUGCGAUGGUUGCAAUAGAGAGCAUAUAUGGGGCUUGAGUUACCAUUGUUCUGACUGUAAUUUUAGCCUUGAAAGUACAUGUGCUUCUCUACCGCUCACCGUCCAAGCUGAAAUUCAUCAUGAACACCCAUUGACCCUCAUGCGGAGAUCUGUUUCUUUCUCUUGCGACGCCAGUGGGAAAGAAGACAAAUGCAUGUUUUUCUUAUGUGCUAUCUGCCCAUUUUUGGUCCACAUAGAAUGUAUUUCCUACCCAUUGCUUGUCAAACACAUCCGUCACAGACACCCUCUUCACCUCACCAAAUCCCUCAAGCCUCAGCUCAAUCAAUCUGACCAUCGACUUUGCCUACUCUGUGUUAAAAAUGUGAACACAAACUACAUGGUUUAUUAUUGCUCUACUUGUGAUUUCGUUACCCAUCUUCAUUGUGCUGCAAAUAUAAAUAUGGAAGGGGAACAGUGGGAGCGUAUUGAAUCAACAAGUAUGGCUAAAUACGAAGAUCCGGGGCUUGAUGGCGGAUCUAUUGAUCCAUUACCAUAUGUUGUCGAGAAAUCCAAACUGGGAGAGGACAAUAUUGAAAUAGCCGUGGAAAUCAAACACAUUAGUCAUGAGCAUGACUUGAAGCUUAUUGAUGAGCAGCUCGAGAACGAUGAAAAAUGUGACGGGUGUAUGUGGCCUAUCUCACCUCCAUUUUACACAUGUACUCAAUGCAGAUUCUUUCUUCACAAAUCUUGUGUUGAAUUACCCAGCAAAAAUUCACACCCACUUCAUCAACACCCCCUCAUUCUCCUCACAGAGUCACUUUAUGUUAAUAAGUAUUUUAUUUGCAAUGCUUGUAGAUGCCGUUCUAAUGGCUUCGUCUACCAUUGUGACAAAUGCAACUUCGACCUUGAUGUCCAAUGCAGUUUGAGAUCUGACAUCAUGAACCAUAAAGGUCAUGAGCCACACCAACUUAUUCUCUCCAGCACAUCAAAUGAUGAGAAGUGCAGUUCUUGUGAUAAUGACGGAAUAAUCUUUUGUUGCGCUUCCAGUGAUGAUUGUAAAUUUACUCUGGAUUUCAGAUGCGCUACACUACUGGCUAUCAUAAGAUACAGAUCAUAUGAACAAUUGUUCACACUUUGUUAUAAAAGUGAAGAUGAUUCUGAUGACGAGUAUUAUUGUGAUAUUUGUGAACAACCACGAAAUCCAAAGCAUUGGUUCUACUAUUGUGCAGAUCUCGAUUUUCCUGCGCACCCCAAAUGCAUUCUUGGAGAAUAUCCAAAUAUCAAGUUUGGGAAGACUUAUAAGUUUGACACGCACGAACAUCCCCUCGCUUUUGUUGACAAGAGCAAGGGCGCCCAUCCUCCAUGUAAUGAAUGCGUUUUUUCAGGCAUAUUCGUUUUCAUUCACCAUGGAUUCCUAGACCUACUCAACAACGUACCCCCCACAAUUGGGAGCCGAUCAACCGUCUACUCGGGGAUCAACAGCUCAUCGGGACCCUACGAGGCAUUUGAUGUACCUUCCCUGUCUAGUAAGGAUCAACUUGCUUAUGUUCUUACAAAGCCUCUCGUGUCUCAACAACUUUCAUUCUUAAAAUCCAACCUCAACGUCUGUUCCUCGCUAUCAAGUUUGAGGGGGCGUAUUGGAUUAGAAGAGCCUGAAGAGGAUAACAGCAAGCUCAAGGAUAACAAGAAGCUCAACAACUCAGACGAGAUAAUGUAUAGCAGAUAG